GCUUCCAGCCAAUCACACGUGCUUCACUCCUCUAUAACACUGAGCUGGAGAAGUUCAGUGUGUAUGUGUGUGUGUGUGUGUGUGUAUAUAUAUAUGUAUGUGUGUGAGAGAGUGUGUAUGUGUGUGAAGGGGGGAGACAGAAACAGAGAGAGACAUCCAGCAGCCAGUGUAGAGUAAAGUGUGAUUCGAGGAUGGAUGCAAUACAGUGUUGUCUCGCUUUCCUCCUUCUGUUCUUUAACGCUUGGAUUCGCCAAUCUGAAGCCUUACAAUGCUACUGUCAUCGCUGCCCAAACUCGACGUGCACCACAGACGGCCUGUGCUACUUCGCCAUCACCAAGUCGGCCAGUGGGACUAAGAAGGAUAGCUGGUGUAUCAAUGACAGUGAGCUGAUCCCACGUGACCGGCCCUUCAUUUGCGCACCGUCCGCCAGGGACAACACUGGCGUGUACCCCAUGUGCUGCAACAUGGACUGGUGCAACAAGAACCCCAACCUCAGCAUCCUUCCAGUGCCGGUAGAGAAGCCUCCCUCACUGGGUCCUGUGGCUCUCGCUGCUGUGAUCGCUGGGCCCGUGUGCCUGCUCUGCUUCGUGCUGGUCACUGUGUUCUACGUGUGCCACAGCCGCUCGGUCAUCCAUCACCGCGUGCCUAACGAGGAAGACCCAUCCAUGGACCACCCGUUCAUCACCGUGGGCACCACGCUCAAAGACCUCAUCUACGACAUGACUACAUCCGGAUCGGGUUCUGGUCUCCCAUUGCUGGUGCAGAGGACCAUCGCCAGGACCAUCAUCCUGCAGGAGAGCAUCGGGAAAGGCCGCUUUGGGGAGGUGUGGAGAGGAAAGUGGAGAGGAGAGGAAGUGGCGGUGAAGAUCUUCUCCUCUCGUGAGGAGCGCUCCUGGUUCCGCGAGGCUGAGAUCUAUCAGACGGUCAUGCUGCGUCACGAAAACAUCCUGGGCUUCAUCGCUGCUGAUAAUAAAGAUAAUGGAACAUGGACCCAGCUGUGGUUGGUGUCGGAUUACCACGAGCACGGCUCCCUGUUUGACUACUUGAACAGAUACACAGUGACCGUGGAAGGCAUGAUCAAGCUGUCCCUGUCUACCGCUAGCGGCCUGGCUCAUCUGCACAUGGAGAUCGUAGGAACACAAGGCAAACCAGCUAUCGCUCACAGAGAUCUGAAAUCCAAGAACAUCUUGGUGAAGAAGAACGGCACUUGCUGCAUCGCAGACCUCGGUUUGGCCGUGCGCCAUGACUCGGCCACAGACACCAUCGAUAUCGCCCCCAACCAUCGAGUGGGCACCAAAAGGUACAUGGCCCCUGAGGUCCUUGACGAUUCAAUAAAUAUGAAACAUUUUGAGUCGUUCAAGCGAGCAGAUAUCUACGCCAUGGGCUUAGUCUUCUGGGAAAUUGCAAGCAGAUGUUCGAUUGGAGGCAUUCAUGAAGACUACCAGUUGCCGUAUUACGAUCUGGUGCAGUCAGAUCCGUCAGUGGAGGAAAUGAGGAAGGUGGUGUGUGAGCAGAAAUUACGGCCCAACAUUCCCAACAGAUGGCAGAGCUGCGAGGCUCUGAGGGUGAUGGCGAAGAUCAUGCGAGAAUGCUGGUACGCCAACGGAGCUGCUCGCCUCACCGCCCUGCGCAUCAAGAAGACGCUCUCUCAGCUCAGCCAGCAGGAGGGGAUUAAAAUGUAGGCCUGUGCUCCGGGAGAGUUACACACCUUGGCAUAUUAUUAUUUUUGUUUCUUUGUUUGUUGUUGUUUUUGUUUUUUUUUUCAAAUAUCUGUUCAUUAUAACGGUCAUGCUCAUUCUUCUGAUUAUCCAUGAUUAUCGCAUUACGACUUUUCGCGUCCUCCGUGCGUGAGGGAGAGAGAACGAGAGGGAGGACAUGAGCACUAAGCAUGAAGGCUUGUUUGGAUUUUUUUUCUUUAGCUUUGAAUGAGUGACUUUAGCCAGUGAAGGUCAUUUAAUGGUCAGGUACUUUAUUUUUUUUCCUGUUAGCCUGGGAGAAAUGAGAUUUGCUGGAGACAUAUCUCUCUAGGGUAUUUGCACCUUGUGUUUUCUCGUUCCUCAACACUUUUUUUUUUUUUUUUAACUUAUUUUUUGUUUUU